AUGAAUGAUAAAGAAUGUUUAAAACUGUUGAAGCAUUACACUAAAGAUGAAAACGCUGAUGAUCAAAUGUUGAAUGAAGUAUCGCACGCAUUAGAUCGUCAACCGCUGGCUUUGGUUGCUGCUGGUUAUUAUGUCAAUCAAUCUUUAAACAAUCUUGGUAUUGUACUUGGAAAAACUGGAAACUACGACAAAGCUGUACAGUCUUUAAACAAUCUUGGUUUGGUGUUUAAUAAAACUGGAAACUAUGACAAAGCUAUACAAUUUUACGAGAAAGCUUGGGAAAUUCAAAAACAAUCGUUAGGUCCAAAUCAUGUUAAUGUUGCUAGGUCUUUAAACAAUCUUGGUGCUGUGUUUUUUAAAACUGGAAAUUACGAAAAAGCUAUAGAGUUUUAUGAAAAAGCCCUGGAAAUUCGAGAACAAUUGCUAGGUCCAAGUCAUGUUGAUUUUGCUCAGUCUUUAAACAAUCUAGGUUGGGUGUAUUACAAAACAGGAAUUUACGAAAAAGCUAUAGAGUUUCACGAAAAAGCUCUGGAAAUUCGAAAACAAUCGUUAGGUCAAAAUCAUGUUGAUGUUGCUCAGUCUUUAAACAAUCUUGGUUUGGUGUUUAAUAAAACUGGAAACUUUGACAAAGCCAUAGAGUUUCACAACAAAGCUCUAGAAAUAAAAAAACAAUCGUUAGGUCCAAAUGAUGUUCAUGUUGCUGCGUCUUUAAACAAUCUCGGAACUGUGCUUAAAAAAACUGGAAACUACGAGGAAGCUAAAGAGGUUCACAAAAAAGCUCUAAAAAUUCGAAAACAAUCGUUUGGUGUAUUAUGA